AUGGCAGACCUACAAGGACCAAGUCAAACAAUCACGUUGAAAGUGAUGCGAUUGGCUCGGCCAAAAUUCGCCCCAUUCACUUCAUUAUGCGUUGAUCCUGAGGAUGAUGUUGGUCGUAUAAUUCAACAAACAGUACAACGAAAAACCAUCGACGAAGGAUCGCAGUGGCCGAUUGGGGAUUUCAUCCUAGCGCCGCAACAAUUUGAAAACAUUUACCUUGGCGAAACGUUCACCUUCUAUGUGAGUUGUAUCAAUGAAGGGAAUGACCAAGUGGACGAGGUUACUGUUAAGGUCGAUUUACAAACGAACAGCCAAAAGCAGCCAUUACCGUGUAAACUGGAUGGGUUGAAGUUGGUGGCCGGUGAAUCGCAAGGACAAGUGGUGAGCCACGAGGUGAAAGAGCUCGGGCAACACAUAUUAGUCUGCUCGGUCACCUACAAAACGUCCUCGGGAAGCAGCCAAUAUUUCCGGAAAUUCUUCAAAUUCCCCGUCACAAAACCCAUCGACGUGCGCACGAAAUUUUACAAUGCUGAGGAUAAUUUGUCGAACGACGUCUUCUUGGAGGCUCAAAUCGAGAACACCUCCGGUGGAAUGAUGAUGUUGGAAAGGGUUGUACUUGAACCAAGCGAUUUCUAUGAUAGUCAAGCGAUAACGCCAAGUCCAUCAGCUGUGCAACUUCGCCCGAAAGAUGUUCGCCAGUUUCUCUUUUGCUUGACUCCAAAGAAUCAUGGGAUCUCGUCGCCGAAAGAGGUGACAAACAUCGGGAAACUCGACAUGCAAUGGCGAACGGCGAUGGGCGAAAGGGGACGCUUGCAAACGAGUCCAUUGCAGAGAAUUGCACCCGGCUAUGGGGACACUCGUUUGAGUGUGGAAAGAGUGCCGGCGACGGUGAGAGUCAGGCAAACGUUUGAAGUGAUGCUUCGAGUGCACAAUUGUUGCGAUCGUUCUCUCGACCUAAUGCUCUCUUUUGACACCGUUCGCCAGCCGGGAAUCGUCUACUGUUGCACGUCGGGAAAAUCUCUUGGUCAAAUCCCGCCAAACACCUCGAUCGAUUUUGGGUUAGAGCUAUUGCCGGUGACUUUAGGAUUUCAGUCUCUUUCCGGCAUCCGAAUUCACGACGUUUUCAACAAAAGAACCCAUGAAUAUGAUGAUAUUGCACAAGUUUUUGUCAAC